AUGGCACCUGUUGUCGAUGUCCAUACACACAUCUACCCUCCGGCAUACGUAUCGCUGCUUCGCUCACGCACCGCCGUACCAUACAUGCGCACCUUCUCCGACAACCCCUCAGCCGGAGAAAGACUCGUGAUUCUACCCAGCGAAGAUGCAGCAACAACUACCGCGCGCGGUCGCCCCAUCGGCCCCGAAUACUAUGAAGAGGAAGAGAAGAUCAAGUUCAUGGACAAACACCACAUCGACAUUAGUGUCAUUUCUCUUGCCAAUCCAUGGUUAGAUUGGUGUGAUGCUUCCGAGGCUGCCUCUGUUGCUGUGCAGAUCAACGAUGAUGUCGAAGAAGUCUGUUCGCGCCAUCCAGGUCGCUUGUAUGCAUUUGGUACUUUACCGCUAAGUGCAGGUGCCGAUGCAGUAGUUGCAGAGAUCAAGCGUUUGACCACACUCGAUCACUUCCGCGGCGUCAUUAUUGGAACCUCCGGACUGGGAAAUGGAUUGGAUGACCCAGCUCUUGAACCCAUCUGGGCGGCUUUGCAAGAAACCAGACAACUUAUUUUCUUGCAUCCUCAUUACGGACUUCCUGCCUCUGUGUAUGGCGACAGAGCGGCAGAGUACGGACACGUCCUGCCUUUGGCCUUGGGCUUUCCUCUGGAAACCACAAUCGCAAUUACUCGAGCCAUUCUUUCUGGCGUCUUUGAUCGCUACCCUGGUUUGGAGAUGUUGCUUGCACACUCUGGGGGCACUUUGCCCUUCCUCGCUGGCAGGAUUGAGUCGUGUAUUGCCCAUGACGGCCAUUUGAAGCAAGCAAACAAGAUUAAAGGAAGGAGAUCAAUCUGGGAUAUCCUGAAGAAGAACAUCUAUCUCGAUGCUGUGGUAUACGGCGAGGCUGGACUCAAGGCUGCGAUAGAAGCCAGUGGGAAAGACAGAUUGAUGUUUGGAACCGAUCAUCCAUUUUUCCCUCCGCUUGAGGACGAGGAAAACGAGUGGCUUUCUGUCAAAACGAAUUCGGCGGCUGUGAGUGGAGUGUUCGAAUCUGACAUCAAGAGUAGAGAUGAUGUGAUGGGUGGAAACGCUGUCAGAGUGUUGAGACUAGAAUGA